UCCGCGCGCGCUGCGAUGGCGGCGCCGGGGUGCGAGGAGGCGCGGGCGGGCGGCGUGGGGCUGGGGGCCGGCCCGCCCCUCCCCGGCGUCCCCCCUCACCCCGGCGUGGCCCGGCGACGGGGCCGCACGCUGCUGGUGCGGCACCUGCCCGCCGAGCUCACGGCGGCCGAGAAGGAGGACCUUCUGAAGCACUUCGGGGCGGUGGCCGUGCGCGUCCUGUCAGACCACGGGCGGCUGAAACAUACUGCAUUUGCUACCUUUCCCAGUGAAAAUGCAGCUGUGAAGGCUUUGUCAAGACUGCAUCAGCUAAAACUUUUAGGUCAUACCUUAGUUGUUGAAUUCGCAAAGGAGCAAGAUAGCGUGCAGGUAGUUAGCCAGCCUUCUGUCUCAGAGAAGUGUAACAGUUUAGAAGAACCGGUGAAAGAAGAAGAGAAGAAGGAACCCAACUGUGUUAAAAUAGAGAAUGGAAUUGCACCCAACCAUGGCCUCACCUUUCCCAUCAAUUCUUGCCUCAAGUAUUUGUAUCCACCACCUUCAAGUACAAUUCUAGCAAAUAUAGCAAAUGCCUUGGCAAGCGUGCCCAAAUUUUAUGUCCAGGUACUUCAUCUUAUGAAUAAAAUGAAUCUUCCUCCACCUUUUGGGCCAAUUACUGCUCGUCCUCCCAUGUAUGAAGAAUAUUUACCAGUGCCUGCACCACCACCCCCAAUCCCACCUUUGCCUCCUGAAGAACCUCCUUUGCCUGACGAGGAAGAAGAGCAACUAUCUAGUGGGGAGGAGUCAGAAUAUGAAAGUGAUAAUGAUGAAGAAAAGGAGAGAAUGACCAAGUUGAUGGAAUUAGCAACCCUUCAGCCUAAAAGACCAAUAAACACAAAGAGGCGUGGUGUUAGAAAAAAGCAAAGAAUUAAAGACUUGUUGAAUGUUCCUGUCUCUACUCCCCACAGUAAUUUGCAUCCUACGCUGUCACCUUCAGAUGUCUUUGAGCAGCUACAGCAUGUAGGUCAUAAAAAAAUUGAGUUCCAUAUUACUACUGACAUCCCAUCUGUUCUACAGAUAAACUCAGAAAAAGAAGAAAAAAAUGACAUUUGUGUCAAAGAAGAAGAAAUCAAUAAUACAGGCUUUGGAAGGAUUUUCCCAGCUCCUAGCUCAAAUGAUAAAAUGGAAACUGAAGAGGAGGAGGAUGAAAUACCAUCAGAAUUUAUAUCUAGAAGGGAUCUAGAGAAAAACAGGCUUUCUAGAGAAGAAAUGGAAAAAUUUUCUGUUUUCAAAAACUAUGAGCCAGGUGAUCCAAAUUGCAGGAUAUAUGUGAAGAAUUUAGCUAAACAAGUUCAAGAAAAGGAUCUCAAGUUCAUUUUUGGAAGAUAUGUUGACUUCCAGUCAGAAGAGGAACGAAAUAUGUUUGAUAUACGUUUGAUGAAAGAGGGCCGUAUGAAGGGACAGGCUUUCAUUGGACUUCCUAAUGAAAAAGCAGCUGCUAAAGCUUUAAAAGAAGCAAAUGGAUAUGUCUUAUUUGAAAAACCCAUGGUGGUUCAAUUUGCUCGUUCAGCUAGACCAAAGCAGGAUGCCAGUGAAGGGAAAAGAAAAAAGUAGAACACUUCACAAGAAACAUUCCUGCGUAAAUACUGCAGUAAUACUGUCAUGCAGAGUGUAUCCUUUUUGUUGUAUCCUUUUUUUGUGCAAUGUUUUCUGUAGCGCUCAUCUACCUCUAAGUUUUCGUAUAGAGUAGGUGUGGGGAGGAGUUUACCUGUUUUAGAACUUGAACUGAUCUGGUAAUUUUAAAAGCAAAGUGCACUUUUUCAGGGGAAAAAAAUGAAAAAUCAAUUGCCUGUUGUGUGAAUAGACAUAGUGAAGGUUCCUAGUCUUAAAAGGUGGGCUUCACCUUCUUCCAUAAAGGUCAUUAUAACUUGCUAAUUUGUGGUCCAAUUCCUUAGUUUGUAUGAGCUACAGGUGUUUCACUGAUAUGCCUGGGGCUGUGCCAAGCUCACACUGAAGUUGUUUUUGUGGUUUUCUUUAAGUAGAUCUAGUAAUAAUAUGUUGGGUGAAAUAUGUUGCAGAGGAAUACUUAAUAAUAUUAAAGGGUUGACCAGUAUUUUAGAGCAUUUAUAAUUAUUGUUGUUCUGGUAUAUGAGAAUCUAUCUGUAGUUGACUUAGUUUGUACAUUCCUUACUUUUUCUUUUUUCAGUAGAGAAGAAAAUCUAACAAUAUCUGUCAAGGAAGUAUUUGGAAUUGAAUAAUUAAUCCACUAUUAAUCACUGCUACCUUUUGUGUUGGUUUCCUUUUUUUUUUUUUUUUUAAGAUUGUUUUCUGCACUGAGAUAGUAGUGUUACCAGUGACUUAUAUUUUUCUUGUGGGGUUCAUCUUACAUUAUUGUUUAACUUACUGUAAUAUAAAAUUAAUUCAGCACUUUUCUAAAUACUAAAUAUCUUUCAAUUUAGUGGUCAAAAAGCAUAACACUACUAUUUUCUCUUUGUUCUUACUUCUAAUGUGCCUUUGUGAUGUUCUAGGUCCCUCGUGCUCCAUCUCUUUCAAGUAUUAUCAAGCUGAGGGAAGAAGCAGUGUAAUCAUCAGGACUCGAACUGUGCGUAGUAGCAUUUCUAAAGUAUUUAAGACAGAGUAUAAAUUUUCUCAUCUGAAAGAUUCCAGGUAUCUUCAAACUGUCACAAGACUUAUAUGAUAAAUGCAUGCUAGUUUGCUUGUGAAAUCUCCAAUAAAUUAUUUCAUUUCUC